CUAGGAGCAUCAGUUCCCCAAAACCCCAACUGCCCCGUGCCAGCAAUGCCGUCGCCGGCUGACGGCGUCCGCUGAGUCAACAUGGUGGUCAAGCCAGCCGUCCGGACUAGACUAGUACUCCUCCACCGCCGCCCCCCUCACACAUUCAUUGCGCUCAGGCCCCCACCACCACUCUCUUCGGCGUUGGCGCCAUAAAUUCUGGAUCAGCGCUUGUCAUCAGUGAAGACGAGCUCGGCCGCCGGCGCGAAGGCUAGGCGGCUGCACGGCUCUUUCCUCUCGCUCCCAGCCGCCAUGGCGAAUUUAAUGUCUCCCGGCUGCUAGUGCUAGCUCGCCAAGACGCCAACCAACCCCGUCUUCCCCGGCGCAGGCGGCGCUAGCUGCUCUAGCCUGACGAUGGCGCUGCUGAGGGGAUGCCUCUGCAGAUCCGAGCAAGACUUCAGAGGGCUUCUCAACUUGGAGAAUCUCCGGUUGUUCUCGUAUAAGGAGAUCAGAGCGGCAACGAACAACUUCGACCGGAGAAACAAGCUGGGCCGAGGUGGCUUUGGAACUGUGUACAAGGGAGUAUGGGGAGAUGGCACCGCAUUUGCUGCAAAGGUUUUGUGUUCUGAAUCCGAGCAGGGGAUCAAGGAAUUCCUAGCUGAAAUCGAGAGCAUUUCCGAAGCCAAGCACGCGAACCUCGUCAGGCUGCUGGGCUGCUGCAUCCAGAGGAAAAACAGGAUCCUCAUCUACGAAUACCUCGAGAACAACAGCCUUGACCAUGCGUUGCAGGCGAACGGAGCUAGCCUGACCUGGAGCACGAGGUCGGACAUCUGCGUGGGCACUGCCAAGGGGUUGAGCUAUCUGCAUGAAGAGCACGAGCCGAGCAUCGUGCACAGAGACAUCAAGGCCAGCAAUGUUCUUCUCGACAGAGACUACAGGCCGAAAAUCGGAGACUUUGGGCUGGCAAAGCUAUUUCCGGACAAUGUUACUCACAUUAGCACAGGCGUGGUCGGAACGUGCGGGUACUUGGCGCCUGAGUAUUUUGUGCACGGGCAGCUGACCAAGAAGGCCGACGUGUACAGCUUCGGGGUGCUUGUUCUCGAGAUCAUCAGCGGGAGGAGGAUCUCGCAGACGAUCCACUCAGACAUGUUCCUGGUGCGAGAGGCGUGGGUGCUGUACGAGCAGGGCAGCCUGCUGGACAUGGUGGACGCGCGCAUGGAGAACUGCCCGGAGGAGGAGGUGCUGCGAUACCUGAGGGUGGGGCUGGCCUGCACGCAGGCGGCGCCCAGCAGCCGCCCCACGAUGGGCCAGGUGGUGGCCCUCCUGUCGCGCUGCACGGAAGCGGCGAUGAUGCGCCUGCCGAGCUUCGCCGAGCACCGCGCAGCCCCGGACGGCCCGAGCGCAGUCGUGCAAACGUCGCCGAAGGCGAGGUGGCCGCCGGCGGCGGCGAGGUCGGCAGUUUGCUCUGCCUCGUUCACGUACAGCGAGGUCGCUCCGCGGUAGGCAGCUUGGUGGCGGUCGAAGCAGGUCCAAGUUGAACGCCCGAGGUCGGCAAUGUACCCGUACAGAGAAGUUGCACGUACGCGAGGCGGCGUUUGUGCUUUCCUCGAUGUAGAUUGCAGGUGUGCGGUGCGCCCAGGGUAGCCGUCAUACCAGGGGGAUUGUAAUCCAACUCGUGAAAUCUGGUGGAGAAUGGCGACAUAAAUCAAACGCACGCCA